GCAACAGCUUUUAACUGUUAGGUGUCUGGUUCCUCCAGCAGCAGCUGCCCCUAGGGUCCUGCUCAGAGGGAACUAAAGAGGGAGAUGUUACGACCCCGAGGAUGAAGGACACCUCUGGCCACCCUGCUCCAGCCCGCUAGGACCCCCCCCCCCACUCUCUCUCGCAUGGCCUGGACCGGGACCCUGCCGGGCCUGACUCUGCUGCUACCUCUGCUCUUACCGCCCUGGACACCCACCAGAGCCACCAAUGAGAUGACCGAGAUGCCUGAGAUGACCGUGUGGGCACCCAUAGAGGUGCACGGCCGCCUGGGCGACAUAGUGAAGCUGCCCUGUGAGCUGCAAUUUCGGGGGUCCGGCACCCCGAAAGUGACGCAGGUAACGUGGACGCGGCGGGCACCGUCGGGUGAAUCCAGCGUCCUGGCAGCCCUCCACCCGCUGUCCAGGCCCAGCAUCUCAGAACGCGGCCACGUGGAAUUCGCGUCCGAAUGGUGGGGCCCAAAGCUACGGGACGCUUCGCUGCUGGUUCGCGGGCUGCAGCCGGAGGACGAGGCCAACUACACGUGCGAGGUGACCAUGGCCCAUGGCGGGACCAGGAGCGCGGCCUUCUGGCUUCGGGUGUUCUAUGCCCCCCAGGUCUCCAUCUCUCUCUAUGAUGACAUCGGGCAGCAGAGCCACAGGGAGACCAGCCUGACCUGUGACGCCCGCAGCAACCCGGAGCCCAAGAGCUAUAAUUGGAGCACGACCAUGGGCCCCCUGCCCCCCUGUGCUGUACCCCAGGGCUCCCGGCUCCUGAUCCAGCCCACUGAGGAGUCCAUCAACACGACCUUCAUCUGCUGUGUCUCCAAUGCCCUGGGGACAGGCCAGGCAGCCAUGAGAGUCCAGCUCCCAGGAUCUCCCCAGGAACUGUCACCCUCACUCUCGGCUCUUUGGAUCAGCCUCUGCAUUUCAGGAAUCGUGGUUGUGGCUGUGCUGGUGGCCCUGGUUUAUUCCUGGGGUCGGAGACAGUCCCGUCAGGACCCCCACAGCGCCCCUGAUCACAGGCCUGUCUCCUAUGCAGCUGUGCAGAGUGAAGCCGGCACUUCCCAGGAUCCACCAACAGAGGACAAAGAUGGACCAACCUAGAGAUGCUGGAGCAGGGGCAGAUGCUAAGAUCCUCAAAAAAGUAUUAGCAAAUAGAACCCAGCAAUUCAUCAAAAAGAUUAUACGUCAUGACCAAGUGGGUUCAUGCCAAGGAUGCACGGAUGGUUUAACAUUUGCAAGUCAAUCAACAUAAUUAAUCAGAUCAAUAAAAGAAAGGACAAAAACCAUAUGAUCAGAUCAAUAGAUGCAGAGAAAGCAUUUGAUAAGAUCCAGCACCCAUUUAUGAUGAAAACUCUCACCAAAAUGGGAAUUGAAGGAACUCAAUUAGUCAAAGCCAUCUACUACAAUUCUACAGCAAGCAUCCUCAACUGGAAAAAACUAAGAGCCUUCCUUCUAAGAUCAGGGACAAGAUAAGUAUUCUCACUCUCACCACUAUUAUUCAAUAUAGUACUGGUAGUACUAGAAAUAGCAGUCAGGCAAGAAAAAGACGUUAAGGGCAUCCAAAUAGGAAAGGAAGAAAUCAAAUUGUCACUAUUUGCAGAUGACAUGAUACUAUAUUUAGAGAAAAUUUCUCAAAGAAGAAAUUAGAAUGGCCAAAAGGCACAUGAAAAAAUGCUCUUCAUCACUAAUAAUCAGGGAGACACAGAUCAAAACAACUAUGAGAUUGUCACCUCACACCAAAGAGACUGGCACACAUCCAA